ACUAUUCCCUUAGCUAUGUCUUUACCAUUUAAAUAUUAGAAUUUGGCCGAGCCAUUUUCCAAGUUGAACGUUACAUGUUGUACUGUGUGAGUAACAACUUUUCACAAAGUAAUCGCUUUUCAUAAACCGCUGUACGAUUUUUGGAUUGCGUGCUUAUUUCAGCAAAAUAGUUGGAGAAAAGCGAUCCAGAAUAACUUUGUGCCAAAGCCAAAUGACGAAUUUGUUUUCUCUAUGGCCUAAACAUGCUUCACAAGUUCUAUCUUUUAUCAAGUGCUUUGAAAGUAUCGUCAUAAAAGCUUUAAAGACUGAUUUAGCCCUGUACGAUAGCCCUGUACUGCCAAAAAGGAGAAGAAAAGCAACUGAUGGAACUGUAAGCGAAUAUUUCGUGGUAGAGAAGGACUUAAACAAGGUAAGCAUACUGUCCUUCCUAACCAAAAGGACACAAAAGAACAUUAUUACCACUUUGAAAUUCUAGACGUGUUAAAACAUUCUAUUAGAUAUCGUUCGCCUAGCCCACGUCUUAUUAGAAGCACUUACUUCCGAAAUUUUUUACCAUAAGAUUUUACGUUAUAAUACCCCAAACUUUUCAAAAUUCUUUUUUUUUAUUUCUAGUUUAUGUAUUUCUUCUGUUGAUAUUUUUAUGUUAAUAUUUUGUUUAUAAUCUGUGUUUAAUUUAUUCCUCGUGAAAACUUUUUAUUAUAGUCGCUGCACUAGAAAGUUUUUACUAAAGCUAUUGAAGACUUCUCGAAAUUCCUGUCAACUUAGAUGAAACUAUAGUGAUGGAAAUUCCUGACAAUAUUGCCUCGGAUUUUCCUUCCAUCGCAAUUUAUUUUCGAUCAAUCAAACCUUCAACAAAUUUAAUAUUUUGGCCCCUGCCACUUUCAAUAUUUCUCUGCCCCUUGGGACAGGCUUAUAUGAUUUACAAAAUAUGAUUUACAAACUCGGGCCAGACGGGUAGGCAACACAGGCCAAAUGUUCAAAAAAGGCCAAAUCAAAAAAUACCUCCCAAAAUUGCAAUGCGCAUGCGCUGGUUUUAUAUUCCUACGCAUGCGUUUUAAGUAUUCUCUUAACUCAAGUAAGAAACUUACAUCUUCUUUAAAACAAUCCUUAUAAUAUUUUACAUAUGGGCGUAGUAAACUACUAAUUGCUCCAUUUCUUUCAAUUUAGAAUUUCUGCUGAAAAAGGCCAAAAAGACCAAAUUUAAGUAGUAGACCAAAAGCAAAUUUCCCAGGCAAUUUAACUAUGAAAAAGGCCAAAAUUGGAAAAUUUGGCCUGAAAAAGGCCAAUCUAGCAACCCUACCUGAGAAUAUAAUUGUUUAAAAACUGACAUGUCAGUUUUCUAAUUUGUAUGCUAAGUAAGUGAUAACAUUUCAACUGAAUAUUAGCUCGUGGAUGACUUGGCAAAUACAUUUUAAAACUUUCACUGUUUCUACGGAAAGCGACAUAGAUACUUGGAUUUCAGUUUCCCAAUCAAGUUGCCUCCCAUUCUGUCUCUCUCCGGCGAUUGUUUUCAAGUCGCCAAACCAACACUUUUGCUUUCUACCUUGCUUGUUAUUAUCGUGAUUGGCUCAAAAGAUUGAAUAUAUUCUUAGCAAACAGACAAAUUACAUUAGAAGUUGGGCAUUAUUGUUUUUUAAGCCCCUUACAAGUCUUGUGUUUCCUUGCAAUCAUAAGUACAUUAAAAGGUUCGUUUCAGUUUCCAAAUGCGCCAUGGCCCAGUGAAGCCUUCGAUGGAACGUAUUCAAAAUAGCAGGCGAAAACAUUGAUAAGCAGACCCAGACCGUCAGUACGCCAUCUGAAAAAAGGGCUGUCAAAAAAUUGUGUACUUGCACUUCGAGCAUGAGUUUGGGCAAUGUCUUAUUAGUAUUGCAAUUUCUUGUGGCAAGAGGCUGGGAAAAAUGUUUUUGGAAUAAAAGCCUGCUACGAUCCCAUAUAACAGAUCUUGAUAGACAAUGUUUGUAUGCAAUGAAAAAUAUGCUCUUUACUAGGUUUAGCACAUCAACAAUUCUUAUGUGUUGAUAACUACGGGGUCAUCUGUGGAAACAGAUUUCAAGGCCUCCUAAAGUUGAUCUCGAAACAUUUUUUUACUUCCAGCUUAUGUAGGCUCGGAAAAUCUCGUAGAAACAAACAAUAUUGGCAAAAUAAUGAACUGGAAGUUAAAACUGAUUUGCAGUUAACUGACACUGUGGAUUAUCAAAGCAUUUCCUAGGGACUGAUUUGACCAAUUGCAGGGUAUUUUUAAUACCAUCAAUGAAAGAACACAAAAAUUGUGCUUUUAGAACCUUAUUGGUGCAUCAUACAGCUGUAAUAAAUUGAUUGCCACACCCCUGAAUGCUUAAUGAGAAAGACAUCUGCUCCUUGCUUGUAUUUGAAAUGGCGGCUGUGAUUGCCUUGCCAACGCCCUUUCAAAUGGUCCAUUUAGACUUUUAUUUAUUGCGCUUCUCUAUAAACUGUCGAUUGGCUAAAGAAUCUUCAGACAGUCAUUUUCACAUCUCAGAAGGACAGAAAACAUCGUUCAGUAUGUUACUUGCAAUGAAAAUGUUGUCUGUAUUAUUGCUUCUUGGAGCAACAGAGGUACAAAAGACUUUGGCUGAUUUUACCUUUGACCACAGCAACUGCAUGGAAAUGAAGCCACAAAUUUCGCAAAGCGCAUCUUCUCGCGGCACUUCAUUUGUGCUUGCGUAUGCCAAGAUUUACUCUGUUUACAUCUCAAGUUCAAGCUUCAAGGCAGGCAGUCCAGUACGAGUUGUUGUAAAAUCGUGUAAAGCAGUAGACGGAAUCAUUCGUGGGAUGAAAGCAUUUCUCUUGCAAGCCCGGAGUUUGGAUAGCAAGUUUUUGCCUUUGGGGCACUUCAACACAACAUCAUUGCAGCCAGAUGCUCAAGCCAUUUCGUGUUUUUAUCCAUACGACAGCGUCGUGAAUAAAUUCAGCAAGAACGUCAAGGAGCUUUCAGCGUCUUGGAUUCCACCGAGGAACUUCCGUGGCUCUGUUGCCUUUUAUUUAACAGUUAUCCCACAUGGAACGCAUUCGUAUUAUCUGCGAGUCAGGUCUCCUCCUCUGCGACCGGGAAAUGGCACUUCAAUUGCUCUGUACGAAAAAUGUGCUAGCAAGGCAACUUAUAUCGGAGCAACAAAUGCUUUAGUAAUACUUGCUGCCAGCAUCUUGCAGACAGUGGUGAUGACAAAGCUAUAGUAAAGAACCUCAAGUGGACAUUUUUGUUCGAGGGAGAGCCGGGCUUCAGCUUUAAUAGAUUUCAAAUUUCAGGCCAAGUCGUAUUCCGAUAUCAGUUUAUCUUUUGAAUUUUAUUUAGCUGGCGAGUUUAUUGAAGACGUUUUUAAGACAACUGCUUACUUCAGAGAUUCAAAUUUUAAGCUAGACUUAGGAUAAAAGAAGGAUAAAAGCUUUAACAUAAGUAUUGCUGUUUUCAAUGCUUGUCCUGCUUAAAAGGACCUUGAAAUGCAACAUACCUUCCCGAUUUCUUUGGCCUAAUUGGUUUCUGAAUGGUUUUAUCGAUUGUAAAAGUGAUCUAUCAGUAUUUUUAUGAUUAUACUUUAUAUUAUUCUGUAUGUUAAGCAGAAACAUCUAUUCUUUUAUUCAAUGGUAUUAGCCUCAGAAGUAGCUUAGCUCGCAGGCUCGCUAGUUAGGUCUUCCGAUGAUACAACAUUCUAGAACGUUUUCUAGACUGUGGAACGUUACCUUAUAUAUUGUUUAAACAACGUAUUCACAAUAUCAGACCUGGAGAUCAUAGCCUCUAUAUGCCCAUGUGAAGAAUGUGGCUUCAUGAUAUUCAUUUUCUAGUCAGCAAAUAGCUCAUGGUGUAUCACCUUUUGUAAGAUUGCACAUUUUUGUGCUUUGGUUUAUUUAAUUAACUGAAGGCUUUAUCUGUGCGAAUGGACACCGAUAAUGUAUUCUAUACAGUUAUGCAGCAUACAAAUAAAGAUCUUUAUACAUAUCGAUUGUGUGAGAUAUUCGUAUUGUAACUUUGGGUCAACUUUUUAAAAAAUAGUGAUGCAUAUUUUGGGAUUAUAGUAAAUUAAGCAAAAGGAAACAUUCUUCUUGGCUUCUUCUGACUAAUUGUGGAGCAAUACAUCAAUGCUAGGUACUUUUGGCAUGCGCGUUUUAUUUUCCAUAAACUCUUGGGCUUGUUAUUCUCAGAAAAAUAGAUUUUAACAUUAUGGUUACGCGUCAUAAUGAUGAUAAGAAUACUUGGCCGAUCUUCUGAUUUUAGCUCCCCCAUUAGAGAGGAAAUCAAUUGAUCAAUAAUAAAUAUGAAAAUUAAAAUGACCACGAUAAUUAAUAAUGGUGUAGACACUUUAAUGCCAAUCAACUUUUUACAUUACUUGAUCACUAAAACAUAUUUUUUUAGCCAUAAGAAUGGUUAUGUAGAUGAAACUCUGCCUCAAAGAAAACUGUCUAAUAACAUUCCAUUUCCUCGUUAAAAUUUGCUUUAAAUGUAUGGUUAUUUUGUCAGAAUUGACUACAUUUUAUCUCACAAGUAUAGAAUGUGCACGAAAUAUACAAGGUAUACAUCUAAAGUUUCCAUGCAAGAAUGUUCCAAGUUAGACUUGCGAUUGCCAGGAUUUUGGGCCAAAUCUUUGUCAAUAUUAGGUUUUACUAUACUUUAGUUAGAGCAUUUAAUGGAAGUUACGCAACACACGUUCUCGAUAAUUUGAUUACAAGAUAAUAAGAAAGAAUCACAAGUUACAAUCUUUAUUAAAAGGAUUUUUUAGUUGCAGAUCCAUUAUGAAAUCUACUGUCUGUUCUGCUACCAGUGCAUAUUGUGCAGACUGCGAAUUCCUUUUGGAUUGGA